UCGGUCAACGCCAUUUUUAGUCAGACCGAUACAUUGAGGACCAACAGGAAGGUCGACGUCGAUUGAUCCCCUCUUCUACUGUCUGAUUUUGACAUUUUGCGAUUUUUUGAAAGGCGCAAUAAGUGGAAAUAUUUGAAGCUUGCGCUGGAAAGUCAGACUUUGGGUUGAAGGUUAUAGUCUAAGUACACUUUCUCUGUAGGCUAAGCUUACGUCUUGGAAAGUUCGGCGUGGCUAAGCAAACGUCGAAGGAAUUGACGAAACUUGCUGAUAAACAUGAAGACCACUGCUAGAGACAUGCAGAUUGAGACAGCGCGUCUGAGCGAGGGUAUGAGGUUGAUCUUUGACCAAGCUGCUCCCUCUGGCUCUUCCUCUUCAAGCCCACGCUCUCGCAGCAGCAGCAGCAGUGGUAGGAGCAGCCGGAGCACCAGCAGAGCCGCUCACUCCUCAAAGCGCCAGAGGAGGCGCUCUCUCAGAAGAAGCUCCAGGUCCAGCAGCUCUUCCUCUGGUUCAUCCGUAACGUCCAGCGGCCCGUCUCGCUCCCGCUCUCACCCGCGCUGCCACCGGCGUUCGUCGCCGCGCCACUGCUGCGGCCGCCACUGCCACUCUCCGCCUCGCCACUACCGGGCACGCUCGCGCUCCUACAGCCCCUCCCCAGAUAAGAGCCGCCGCCACGGCAGCAGAAGCAGGCGGUAUCACCGCUCGUCAGCGAAUCGUAGCUACCGCGCACGCUCUCGUUCCUACAGCUGCUCCCCGUCCUCCGAGCGCCGCCGCCGCCACCACCAGAGGAGCUACAGGAGCCGCUCUCGGUCCGAGCGCAGCAGCAGCAGGCAGCACCAAGGCUUUGUGGGCCGGUACCGCUGCAGGUUCCCCGACUCCCCCCGCAGUAGGAGCCCCAGGUCCAACAGGAGCAGGUCCAGGACAUCCCAGAGCUCCUCCGUCCAUCUCAGUCAAGAUGAAAAGAGGGAGCUGUUGAAGAUUGCCGCUGAAAACGCAGCGAAGACUGUGGGCGCUGAGCGACUGGUGUUCCCUGAGAGUGUGAAACGCGACCUGCUGUCUGAAGAAAGCGCGUCAGAGCGCGCCACCCCUUCUCCAGAUCGCAGCACUCCAGUGCACAGUAAACUGGUGAGCCCAGAACCAGAGUCCCGGCAGAGUCCAACACAGUGCAUUUGCAGGCCUGUGACUGGCCAGGAACAGGCUGAUUAUAAAUAGUCCACAAAUGCUGGGUGUUAAGUACAGCAGAAGCUUUGAGUAAUUCAAGUCAUCCAGUCUUUUCGUGGACAUGUAACGAAACCGGUGAAGGUAAAGGUUUCUACAUAAGUAAACAAGAAGUGCGUUUGUGAGUGUGAAUGAGUGCAUGCCUGCCUGUUUUUGGUGUGAGUGCGGAUGUGUUACUUUUUCACAGCGUUGGUAUGACUGUCUGUAGGAACGUGCUUUUAGCUUCAUGUGCUCUGCCUUUUUGUUUUAUUCAUCUUCUUCAGAUUACAUGGUCUGCUACUCUCCAGCACCCUCGGGAGUUAUGAGUGUGAGGGGGCGGUCAUGUGAUGUGACGCCACCGGGUUUGUGGAAAGGGUUGAUCUUUUUUUUUUCAAGUCUCAUUUGCACAACACUCAAAAAGGAAGCAGAUAAAAGUCACACAUAUCUGUAGUCAAUACUGUAAGUACAUAUCACUUGUAUACCAUGUUUACGAGUGCAUUGUAGACAUCUUGGUAUAGACCGAUUUUAUGUAGUUCAUGCCAACUCUCACUCACUACAUUCACAUAGAUAUCAAAUGUAUCCAUUAUCUGACUACAUGUAGUAUACCAGCAAGAUCUUCUACUCUUUCAUGCAUAACAGAAACGUUUGAUGUUUGUUGCUGUUGGUUGAAACGGAUGCGUUGUUAUUUAGCAGAGCCGUCCUCCAGCUUGCAGAGGAAGUGCAGGCGCUCGGACUGCACUAUAGUGACUAUCCCUGACCCGAAAGCUUAAAACUGAAGAAGAAACAACCCCCCUUCCCCUCUCCGUGUACCAAAGAUAAGUUUGCGUCCUUGAUGUGGCGCAAGUUGGGGGAUCUGAAACGGCAUCAUCACAGAGAAGGGGGUUUCCUUUGCUUGUGUUUUUUUUCUUUUUCUUUCAUCAGUGAAUUUGUAUUAUUUUUCUUUCAUUCAUAUGUGGACUGUAACUCUAUGGUCCAACAAAUCUUUGGCUGUCCAUUGAACAUGAUGCAGAAAUAUGGUCAUUGUAACAGACCAACAUUUAGAUGAGAAAUACCUAUGCCUCUGUUGAGUUAAAAAAGAAACGUCAGAAUGAGGCAAAUGUGAAUAGAAAAAUAAUGCUUUGCUCACUUUGUUAAACAAGUUUGUUCCCCAUGUUUUGGCAGGUCAGAGAAACUGUGUCGGAGGAAGAUGACGAGUUGAGUACCAGGACGUCUCCGAAGAGGAAA